AUGACAGAAGAAGGGCCGGCAGCAUCCGACAUGCCCGAGUGCAACGGGAGCGUCCUGCCGGAGAAGGGCCCGCUCCAGCUCGUCGGUGUCAUCGAGGAGAUAGCAAACUCCGUGGGGACGGUUCCUUACACCAACGCAGAAACGAGCCCCGGCCCCCUGCCCACCCGCGAAAUCCCGGAGGACGGCAGAAAGCCGCUGGCAGAGGACACGGCGCAUGGGGAUUUUGAUGGGGAGAAGCAAUGCGAAGAGCAGCGAGAGGCAAAGGAUGGGACACCCCAGCAGGGACCAGCUGAGAUCCAGGACAGGGGCGCCGGCGGCCAGGAACCAGCCGAAGGGCCUGGUGACAUGGGGACGGCUGCAGGCAGCGGGGAGCGGGAGCCAGGCACAGCGGGCAGCCCUGACGCGGGCACAGCCGACACCGUGGCAGCCAGUGCCGGCGGCACAGGGAACGCAGCUGAGGAAGAGGAGGAGGAGGAGGAAGAGGAGGAGGAGGACACUGAAGAGGAUGAAGUUCAGGUGAUAGAAAUCAAGAAGGAGAAUGGUGAGGCAUCCCAUCUACAGCAGCCAGAGUGCAGCAAGGAGGCACCUUCCCCUACGAGCCCUGGCUGCAAUUCCCAGGUGGGAGAGCAGCCCAUCCUGGGGAAGAAAAACGACAUCUCCAGGCACAGCUAUUCCAGAUACAACACAAUCUCCUACCGCAGGAUUAGAAAAGGAAACACCAAGCAGAGAAUCGAUGAAUUUGAAUCCAUGAUGCACUUAUAA